UGGUGAGCAGAAAGUCAGAAUUAAGAGGGAGCCGCCUGGAACAAAGAAUAAGCAAAGAAUUAUGAUUAAUGACCAGGAGGGUAACCUAAGCCAAGGGCAAUACAGAUAAAGAAGACAGGAAGUUGCCUUCUCUGCACUAGAAUAAGAGAACAUGAAAAAAGAGGGAAAGGGAUAUCCUGAAAUAUUUCUGUGUAGACCAGAGGAACAACAAUGUGAGGGAAGAGAGGUUUUGGAGGAUCAAGGACCAUUUCCAUUUUCUCCACAAAUCCUGUAAGUGACAAAAGGAAAUGUCAUAAAGAUAAAGGCUAAGAGGCCCAAUCUUUAAAAAGAGCUGUGAAAAGGGUAGGAAAUAAACAACAACACAAGAUGGGGAAAAUGACAGGACUGAUGUGAUUUCCAUGGGUGGAAAAUUCCACCAAAUUGUAAAUAGUUUCUCUUCCUAAGUUCACAGUAAAAUUGUCAGUGCUGAUAAACUACACCUAGGAGAUGCCAAGUUGGGAAGAUGACAUCUUUCAAGGAUGUGGAAUCCAAUUCUCCCUUCAGAGAUGGGAAAAAAGGAGUGGGCCAUCAUGAAAGCAUUGGGGCAACACAGGGGGCGGAGUCAAGAUGGUGGCUUAGCAAGCAGCAAAAGUUCAGACCUUGUGGAAGACCCUUCCUUAACCGAUACAGACUGAAUGCUCCUAGGGCACCGAAAUUCAAGCUGAACAACAGGACAGAAGCGGGGAACCCUCCUUCUGGAUUCAAAUCAAAAGGUACGCCCCCCAAAAGCUGGAAUCCGGGAAUACUCAGGGCUAAGGGGAAGGCAGAGCGAAGGUCCCAGGACCCCUCCCCCACAACCCAGAGGGCUGAGCCCCCAGCAGCAGCAGCGGGAACCUCUGAGCGGGCAAAGGUGCUGGUUUGGAGGGUCUACUUUGUGAGCAGCGGGGCGCCGGGUUCGGAGCAUCCAGCUUGGACAGCGGGGAGGAAGCCAGGGAGAGACGGGAGCCGUGACUGGGUCCCUCCAUCAGGCUCCAGUCUCACCGUUGCCUCGGGGCACAUCCAGACCAAUCCAGUUGAACAUAAUUCCAUCAGAACUCCUCAGAGUUUAGGGAGGCGGGCAAAGGCACUUGUGGACAGCAGAGAAGCAGCUGGAGAGAACUGGAGAGAGCCUGGGCAGCCCAGCUUUCCAGGAGUAUUCAGAGCCUCACAGCUUCAUACCACAUACAGCCCAGCCCAGUUGAACUUAAUCCAAUCAAAAGCCCCCAGAGGACAGAGAAGCUAACAUUCCUCCCCUAGAGACUGUACCAAGAGAUCUGACAAAGCUCCAAGAGGGGAGACUGACAGCCCCAAAACCAAAACAAAAUGAGAGGAGUAAGAGCACAGCCAAAUACGGGGAGCAAAGAAGGGGUAAACUCGAGCAAACAACAGAAAAAGAAGAAAGAAAUUACAAUAGACAGCUUCUGCACAGGUAAUGAGCAAAAAGCGAAGGAAACAGAGGGGGAGGGAUCAGCAAAGGAAAAAUCAGAAAUCCCAGCCAAUUGGAUACAGGCUUUGGAAGAACUCAAAAUGCAAUUCAAAACACAAUUAAGAGAGGCUGAAGACAAUUGGGAAAAGAACUUAAAAACUAAGAUAAGUCAUCUGGAAACAGAAAAUAGUGUCUUGAAAGCCAAAAUCAACCAGCUGGAAAAUGAGGCAAAGGAGAUGAAAGAUGAGGCAAAGCAGAUGAAAGAUGAGGUGAAGAAGAUGAAAGAUGACCUCCAAAGCAAAUCUGUUUAGUCAACACAACACCUUGGUGACUAAAAAGAUGGCUGAACUGAUCCAUCAUGCUCAAAGAUAGCCAGCCAGCUGAGCUUUGGAAUUCUUUGACACAAUUGCAUUGAUCAUUUCUCCAAACUGUAUUUUGUAUAUUUCCUGUGUGGAGCAAAUUAUUUAUAGGUUGCCUUCCCAAAUAGAAUGUAAGCUCCCUGAGACUGGGGAAGGUUUAUGCUAUUCCUUGUAUCCCUAGCACUUUGACACAGAACCCAAUCACAGUGAAUAUGCCUGUUGCCUAUCCAACUUACUUAACUGUUGACUAAAUUAAAAGUGUAACACUUCUCCAGUGCCCUUUUAAGAGUGCUUUUAAGUUGAAAGAUAGGGUAAAUGCUGCAUCAGUUCAAUCAUAGAAGAGAAGAGUAGAGUAAUGAGAACCAACAGAGAACUGAAAUGACUGGAAAGGAAAUUAGAGAUGAUAGAAGAAACAUAGAUAUUUGCCAAUAAGAUGAGAAUUCAAUGUACCUGAAGGAUUUUUCAAAAUUAUCAUUUAAAUUUUAGUUUACAGAAUCAAAAUAGGGAGUGGGAAAUGGAGAGACUUAUCAUGAGCAUAAGAAAGAUGUCACACAUUACCAAAGAUGACCAAAAUACUGUUUAGUAAGAAAUUGGAAGAGGAGGUAAAGGAUAUCAGAUAUAGCUUACCUAUUGUACUGGUACCCCCCUCCCCAAAUUUAAGAGCUAAAGGAAGUUUUUCAGCAUAUUGGAUAAAUCCUAUAUGGAGGAUUUGUGGGUGGUUUUAUACAUUCCAAGUAGUGAUAUUUAGAUUAAGAACCUUAGAGUUAGGAGAGAUCAUCUAGUCCAGAAUUUCUUCAU